UGACAAUGUCUACCUCAGUUUUCCCGCCAACUCGUGUGUACGUACACUGUACAGUUGUGGUGUAUGUUCAUUUAUAUCUUAUUAAUUAAUAUCAUUACGAAGUUCACAUAAUGAUGAAUUAUAUGGGAUAUAUAGGUGUGUUGGGCGUGUUGGUGCAAGCUGAACGACGCUUCCCGGAUGGUUUCAAAUUCGGCGCGGCGACGGCGGCGUAUCAAGUGGAAGGGGCUUGGAAUUCUAGCGAUAAAGCACCCAGCAUUUGGGACACAUUCACUCACCACCAAUCAGAAAAUAUAGCUGACGGUUCCAGCGGCGACGUCGCUUGCGAUUCGUACAACAAAUGGCGGGAAGACAUAGAACUGGCGUCCGAACUGGGUUUACAUUUCUAUCGAUUCUCAAUAUCCUGGCCGAGGUUAUUACCAAAUGGUUUUUCAAACGUCAUCAGUGAGGAUGGCGUGCGAUACUACAAUGAUCUUAUUGACGGUCUAUUGGAGAAGGGAAUUGAGCCAGUCGCGACGCUGUACCAUUGGGAUCUGCCACAAAAUUUACAGGACCUAGGCGGCUGGACGAACCCGCUAAUCGUGGAUUGGUUCAAAGACUACGCUAGAAUUGUGUACACUCUCUUCGGAGACAGAGUCAAAACCUGGAUAACCAUCAACGAGGCGAUAGUGGUAUGCGAAGUGGUAUAUACCAUGGGUUCCUUCGCCCCGGGUAUAUCCAGCCCGGGACUUGGCAGCUAUUUGUGCGGGAAGAAUAUAUUAUUGGCUCAUGCUGCUGCUUGGAGGCUGUAUGAUGAGGAGUUCAGACCGAUGUACCAUGGUAAAGUAUCUUUAACUAACCAAAUAUUUUGGAUAGAGCCAUACUCCGAAGAGUUUAUCGAAGAAGCUGAAUUGACAAUGCAGUACGCAGCGGGCUUUUAUUCUCACGCAAUAUAUACAAAGGAGGGAGGUUGGCCCCCAACCUUUGAAAAGUAUAUCGCGGAAAAAAGCAAAAGGGAGGGGUACCCUAGAUCCAGGUUACCCGCGUUCACUGAAGAAGAAAAAGAAUUUGUUAAGGGCACAUACGACUUCUACGCAGUGAACUACUACACCAGCCGGCGGGCUCGCGCGCUGAAGCCGGGCGAGGCCGCCGGCGAGUGGCCGAUGUUCGGCGCGGGGGAGAUAGGUGUGUUCCUCGACGUGCACCCGGACUGGCCGCAGGCGGCUAGCCACUGGUUCUAUGUCAACCCUCCAGGUCUACGUAAGCUGCUCGUCUGGUUGAAGAAGAACUACGGUGAUAUAGAAUACAUGAUCAUAGAAAAUGGUUAUUCUACUAGUGAAAGAGAUCUCAACGACAUUAAAAGGAUACAGUAUUAUGAAGACCAUUUGGAGCAAGUGUUGCUCGCAAUAAAAGACGGUGUGAAUGUUACAAGAUACACUGCGUGGACUCUGCUAGAUAACUAUGAGUGGACUGAUGGUUAUACAUCCAAGUUUGGUUUAAUUGACGUUGACUUCAACGAUCCUGCACGAAAGAGAACUUUACGCGAUUCCGCUCGGUUUUACGCCAAAUUAAUUGAAACACACUCGUUGGAUGACAUUAAUAUGGUUUAAUAAGCUUUAAUAGUGGAUAUAAAAUAUAAAUAUGUUAUUAUGAUGAUUAUUAGUUAAGUGUUGAA